AAGAUGGCUGCCCGCUGUACACCGACGGCAUUUUUAUUUACAUUUGUCGCUUUAGGACUAAAACAAGAUAAGGCAGACAUUUUCAACAUUCCCAAAUAAAUAUAAAUGUGCAUAUUUUAUUAGUGCUUUGGCACGCAAUAUCUUUCUUUUUCUGGACGUCGUCCGGGACCGACUGGCAGGUGUUUCAUUUUCGUUGACUGAGCGGUGAAGCCAGAUGAGACAGCGUUAGUCACUAGUCAUUGCCUUUAUUUUUCUUAUAUAAAACAUUGCUGCCACUUGGACGCAUUUCCUCGCCCACGUUUCCGUGUCGCUAUUAUGUUCAGCCCAGUCAAGUCCUCUUACUUCCGCGUUAGUCCGGCCACUGUCAACCGAGAACUGGGCAAGACCAAGAUGAGAUAGCAACAGGUGGCGUGGCGCGUUUACAUGGUCGGUGAAGCCAAAACGAAACAAAAACCGUCAUGUUUGGGAAUCUUUUUGAGGAGGAAGAAUGCGAAGAAGGGUUCUCUUCCUCCUCUACUCACGCUGGUGGGAAGCCUGCCAAGGGGGGAGACGAGCCCCCGGCUCCUCGAGGAAGGAGCAACCUCUGCGGCAUCAGGAACCAGGGAGGGACCUGCUACCUCAACUCUCUGCUCCAAACCCUCCUGUUUACACCCGAGUUCAGAGAGGAGCUGUUCAGUUUGGGGACUGACGAAUUGGGAUGUCUUCAAGAUAAAGACAAAGCAGGGGCCAAUGUCCGAGUGAUCCCACUGGAGCUCCAGAGGCUUUUUGCCCGUCUUCUGCUGGUGGACCAGCAGAGUGCCUCCACCGCUGAUCUCACUGACAGCUUUGGAUGGAACAGCAGCGAGGGAUCAAACCAGCAUGAUGUGCAGGAACUCAACCGCAUUCUCUUCAGCGCCUUGGAGAACUCUCUUGUGGGCACCUCUGGGAGCACACUCAUCCACCGCCUGUACCACGGCACCAUCGUCAACAGCAUUGUCUGCAAGGAGUGCGGGAACGUCAGCCAGCGACAGGAGGACUUCCUGGACCUGACAGUGUGCGUGUGCGGCGUGUCCAGCCUGGAAGAGGCUUUGUGGAACAUGUUUGUAGAGGAGGAGAUGUUUGAAGGCAAUAAUCUGUACCGCUGUGCGCUGUGUAACAGGCUGGUCACUGCUGCCAAGUCUGCCAAGCUGCAGAAGCUCCCUCCAUUCAUGACCAUGUCUUUGCUGAGAUUCAGCUUUGACUUUGCUAAAUGUGAGCGCUACAAGGAGACGGGGCGCUAUAGCUUCCCACUCACCAUCAACUUACGACCGUUUUGUGAACAGGCAGAUGGAGUUGCCGCCGAUUACUCCUACGAGCUGUUCUCUGUGAUUAUCCAUAAGGGCGGCUGCUAUGGCGGCCAUUAUCAUGUUUAUAUCAGGGACAUUGACCGACUUGGCCACUGGGAGCCGCCGGUGGAGGACAACAAAAUAAGGAUGCAGAGGAACGUCAAACAGGAGGUCAAAGAAAUUCACCAGACCAAACUUAAUGACGAUGACCCUUUGUGUGUCCUCACUGCGAUUAUCUCCCAGGAGCCUUCAAAGAGUGUCCUAUUGGACCAACUAGGCCAGAAACUCAUGGAGAAGAUUGGUUCCUCUUGGAGUAAAACCUUCAGGAAGUCCUGUGGCCCCAUUGGCAAGUUCCUACAGUCACACAGUGAUGUUUUCAUGCUGGUUUCCAACGGUACUCGAGUGGCACUGAAGGCAAACCCGCCUAGCCUUAUCUUGAGCGAGAACCCCGGACAAGCGGAUCACUCUACGAUUGAAGGCCCAGGCACUGUUGAAGGACCGGAGCCCGAGCAAGAGGGUGAUCACUGGUUUGACUUGAAUGACGCCACUGUAACCUCUAUCGGGGUGUCGGACAUAGAGAAGCAAUUCCAGGGCAAGGAGAGUGCCUACAUGCUGUUCUACAGAAAAACACAGCUACACCGGCCCACUGGAGCUCUCAGCAGUCCUCAGUACAAACUUCCUCAUCACCUCAUUCAGAUGGCAGAGGAGGAGAACAUCCGACUGCAGCAGAUGCGGGAGGAGUAUGAAGCCAGUAAUAACAGCUUUGAGCUUCGUCUCCACCUGGCGUCCUCAUACAGGCUAAUAAACGGAGCCCUGCAGCCUGUUAGCAAAGAGCCCAAUGUAGCCACCACAAUCGUUUUUGAUCGCAGGAAAACUGUUGGAGACCUGCGGUUAGCUAUAUAUCAGGAACAGGAACUAUGGGAAGGAGACAUGGCUCUGACUGUGGCCAAGAUGCUUCCAGCAGGCCUCCACCUGUACAAUACUCUCACAGAUGACAGUGCCUCGCUGUACAGUGCCGGCCUCUGUGCCAACUCUGACCUGUUUGUUUGGAACGGCCGAGAGGUAUGCGGUGCAGGUGUCCUAACCGGAGCCGAGUGGGAGCCAGUGUUGCUAACGGUCGUCCGACCCUUUGUGGAACCACCUGGAGAUCAAGCUGGGGCGGAAUUUGAGAAGGCCACAGACGGCGGGCUUAAAAAGGAGGCCAGAGCAUUUGCAGGCGGCGCCACCCUCGGGGAGGUGCGGGAAGCCCUGGGCCAACCCGUCGGGAGUCUGCUGUGUCAGGAGCAGUCGGUGGCAAAAGUGGGAGAGCACUGGGCAGGUGAGGGAGGCGGCGCCAGCGGAUGGCGAGUGUUCCCGCCUGACGACAUGCAGCGAACAUUGAAGGAGCUGUCGCUGAAAGACGGAGACGCUCUGUUGGUGCUGGAGCCGCAGUCAUGCGAUGGCAGCAUGUUCACGUUAAACGGAGACAUGGUCACCGUGAUGACGCCGUCAGACUGUCGCUGGCUGCAAGUGGAGUUUCGAACACUGCAUGGCGGCGGGGGCGGCGACACAGACGAGAGGAGAAUAGUCAAGGUUCCUGCAGCAGGAAAUAUGCUGCUGUGUGAUGUGAAGCAGAGGGCCAUCGAGGAGCUGCAACUUCCCAGUGCACAGUACUGUCUGAGGCAGGUGGACAGCACAGGGAAACUCCUUCCUCCAGUGUGCGAGGAGCUGAGCCUGCGUGAGGCAGGCGUACGACUCAUGACCACCAUGACGCUUUGUCUGGGAUGCGCCCCUCGGGCCUCGCAGGUUUAUUUUAUUGUUUUUAUGGGAACUCUAGCACAGCUUUUCCUGCAUUUCUCUGUGGGUGCAGCGCCCUCUGCUGGAUUAGAGAUGGACAUCAUCAUAGAGAGGACUUGCACUGUUAAAGAGUGUCUAAAGGCAAUGCUGGAUGCCGUUGGACUCAAUGGCACAUGUUGGCAUUUGAGGAGGCUGGAUUGGUGCGAAGAAGUAGGAGAGGCCCUAACUGACGAGCUUGCAUCUCUGUCAGAGGCGAAGAUAAACAACGGGGAGACAUUAGUUGUCACGGAAGGUCAACUCCCUCCAAAGGGUUUUCUCAAGCUGUCCAUGUGGCUCCACGUGGAUGCGGUGAGCGGCUCCAACGAUAACGGCCACGCAGUGGAGCAUGCAGAUCAAAAACACUUUCAUACACAACUCACAAGCGUGGGACAAGUGGAGAUAUCUGUGGAAGCCACCCUGGAGGACCUAAAGGCUCAGGUGUUGACGCUUCCUGCUCUCGAGGACGCGUGCGUUCCCGCCGCCGCCGCCUUCCUGCGCUUGUGGGAGAUGGAAGGACGCACCCCGGCUCGUAUCCUCAGAGGACACCAUGUCACACUGAGGAAGCUAAAGCUAACUAGCGGGGCAGACCUUAGCAUGCAGCGGCUGCAGAAUGCUGAAGAUCUCGGUCCUAAGGAGAUACUGCUCAAUGUUAAGAUGGGGAUACCCGGGGAGCGGUGCUACUACCCUCCAGAGGAGCUGAUUUGGGAUGCGUCGCGGGACUCAUCGCCUCGCAGCUUGCGCACCUGCGUGGCAGCACGCUACGGCCUGUCACCUGACUCCCUGCUGCUGGCCAAACACCAUCCAGACAAACACACUUGGGAGGAAAUCAUCUCCAGCUGGAGCCAGCAGCUGUCAAAGAAGAAAAAGAAAAAAAGGACGGAAUCACUACUAGGAGCACCGUUUCAUCUCAAAGAUAACGAUGUCAUUGGUGUUAAGAACCUUGUGAUUGACAACAAGGACUUCUACACUCGUGAGGAUGAACAAGGCCAGCAGAGGCUAAGAGAGCAGGCGGAGCAAAGAAGGAAAAGAGAGCAGGCUGCAGGAAGUUCGGACUGUGACGGAUCACACAAGAAGGCCGCAGGAGAUGCAAGGACCAAAUCCAAGAAGCCAGAGGUGGCGCUGUCAAUCAAUGUCGGCGUCUUCAGGUAGCACGACACUGCCACCAACGCAAGGACAUGUCUCAACUACCUGUCACACACACACACACACAGUCAGGUGCCAUGUUGCAUUUAGGACAAUCCUCUCGGCAUCAGGCGGCCAUUUUUUCCCCACUCCAAGUACUACAUCUUAAAAUCUGUAUUUAUCCAAAUACCUUACUAUUAGCAUUAUGGCUAUUAUAGUCAUUUUGUCUUAUUCUAAUGGCAGGUUGACCCUCAGGAAAAAACAAAACAAGUUAGGCUGCAGUGAUAAUAACCAUAGAGAGCAGGGUGACUUUUUAUAACCGACCAGCCAAUGUGGACUUAAGUUGAGUUUCCCUCAUUAUAAUCAUAAAGUUUGUGAUGGAUGAUGAUGUAAUACUGUAUUAUAUGGUAUUUAAAGGGAGGUAUGAGGCCUUUUUAAAUUGAUUAGUGCCGUUUAUCCUCCCUACCUCACUUUUUGCCUCUCGUGUCUACCUCUGCGUUCCCUCUUUUUCUCACGUGAAACACGCCGCACAGCAGUAAAGGCAAAUAAACGGUUAAUCAAUAGGAUGGUGCAGUCUGAGACUGAAUCAUUUUCCAACCCUGGCGACAGCUAAUCAACUGACAUUAUGUACUUUUGGAUUUCAUCUUGAGGCCUGAAAUGUUCUUGCAUGCACUUGGUGUGAACUUUUACUAAUAUGACAACACGAGUGAGGUUUGUUUUGCAGCUCGGUUGGUAAUCUGGCCUCAAUCGCUGCUAAGAGUUCACCAGUGGCGAUUAUUUCAUUUGUUUCUCGCCGAUGUCUCGCAGUACAUUUAAUCAUGUAACAGGUGACUGUAAAAAAUACAUUUGUGUCAAAUUUAAUCCUCUUUUCCAUCCCCAAAAUAUUUUAACAACAAUAAAGAUAUACACUA